AUGUCGUCGCAGCUGAUCGAGGACCACCGGUCCGGCGCGGAGGUGCACGCCGGGCACGAGGUGUGCACGCCCAAGUCCCGCGAGCUCAUGGUGGAGCUGGGCCUCCCCGACGGUCUCCUCCCGCUGCCCACCCUCGACGAGGUGGGGUACAACCGCUCCACGGGCUUCGUGUGGCUCCGCCAGGCAGCCGGCGUGACCCACACCUUCGACUCCAUCGGCAAGCAGGUGUGGUACGACAAGGAGGUGACGGCGUUCGUGGAGCCCGGCCGGAUGCACAGCCUCGCCGGGGUCAAGAGCAAGGAGCUCCUCAUCUGGGUCACCAUCUCCGAGAUCGUCCUCAGCCCCUCGGGCACCAAGAUCGUAUUCCGCACCCCCGCGGGGCUCGGCCGCGCCUUCCCCGUCACCGCCUUCCAGCUCAAGCCCGCGGCCGAGGAGAGGCCGCCGCCGCCGCCAACUGAUCUGCGUAGCUUCCGGCGCCGGCGGCUGCGUGUGGGCUGCUCGAUCUGGCCGCGGCGCCGCGAGAUCCGGCGAUGA